CUUUUCUCUCUUCUCUUCACAAACUUCCCUGUCUUCCUCCAUGCUCUUCAACUUGUACUCACACUUUCUUUUGUUUAAUACUCCAAAACCAUUUCUCAGGUUGUAGCUUAACUCACUGUACUUCAAUCCAAUAGCAACACAUUCCUACUGUGGGCCGGGCACUGGACCAGGUGGGGGGCACACAGGUGAACAAGACACGAACCCCGCCCGCUAGGAAUCACAGAUGGUUGGAAGAAACAGGCAUGUCAGUCCAGUCCGCAGUCUCAGUGUGGAGAGAAGCCCCAUAUGGCUGGAGAACCAGGCCGGAGCUUGGCAAGUAGGUGGCUUUUAUGGCAGGCAGCCAAUGGGAUGGGGCUCAGGAACCCUCCUUUCUGAAAAAGGGAAAGGCGUUCAAGUGGAGGAAAUGCAGAGGUAAAAGCACAGUUGGAAAGAGCUGUGCCUGUGUGAGCAAGGACCGUUGGAGGCAAACAUGGGAGAUACGCUGCAAAGGCAGAUGGGGGCUAUUCAUAGAGGUUCCUGAAUUUCAGGUGAGGAGACUGAUCUGAAUCCAGUGGGCACUAGGGAACCAUUGAAGGUUUAUGAGCUGUGGAGUAACAGACUGGGAAGGUUAACAGGACUGAGGGCUGUGAGGAGAUGCCUGGGAAGGGGAGACAGAGGCAGGGAGACCCUUAGAGCAGAGGGGUGGGAGGAGCCAAGUGCCCUGGGUGAUGGCUGGUGUCUCCUAACUGCCCUGCAGCCUACUGUUGGUUUGCCUUCCCCACUUCUCUUUUUGUUUUCUGGUUUUCCCCAGUUUAAGCAAGAAGGAAAUUCACAAACAUCAACAAGCGGCUCCCCCUUCCUGUUCCUCCUCUGCCGUGUCUUAGUAUCUGGAAUCCCUCUGUAGGGUUUGUGGCUGAGAGAUGUCUUUUUUUUUGCUCCAUCCCUGUCUUCGGAUGCCUACCCUCUGGGUUCAGGGAGCUGUGCCUGAGCAGUCGGGUUGUCAGUAAAUCAUAGAAGUUGCCUGUCACCCAAGGGACCUGCAAAAGGAGGGAGACCCUAGGGAACUACAAGACCCACACAAGUGAACAGCUAGAGAUCUGUUGAGGGUCAAAAUACUCUCCCAGCUCAGAGAGAGGGGAUCAGUGAGCCCUGUCUCCCCCACACAGCUAGUAGGUGGAGAAGGUGGGUGGCCAAGGGUUUUGCUUUAGCCUCAUGAUCCAGACAUGGCCUUGGAGAAGGAAGAGCUGGGACACGGUCAUGGAACACGGUCUGAGUCUCCUGGAUUGGCAGUGGGGGAGCAGUCCACCCAGAGAACUCUGGGAUUUUCUCAGGAGGAUGGGGAGGAUGUGGAGUCUGGGCUCCACUUUCCUUGCACCUCCAGGGCUCUGGACAGUAGUUUGUUGUCAACCUGACGUCCAUAGCAUCCCUGAGGGCUCAGCGUUUCAGGGAAUUCCCAGGCCCUGCAGGAGACUCAGGAGGCUCCCGUGACCUCAUAGACCCCGUCUGGCCCUCCCCCGGGGGCGGGGCUCCAAGCGCCCGGGCUCAACCCCGGCCCCCCCGAGGGCCACUGAGUCCUGCACCUGCUCGGCCCCGGACGCGCCAUGGGACAACUGAUGGCCAAAUUGAUGGGCAUCUUCGGGAAACAGGAGCACAAGGUUAUCAUCGUGGGCCUGGACAACGCAGGAAAGUCCACCAUCCUCUACCAGUUCCUGAUGAAUGAGGUGGUCCACACAUGUCCCACCAUCGGCAGCAACGUGGAGGAGGUUGUUCUGCGAAAGACCCACUUUCUCAUGUGGGACAUAGGGGGCCAAGAGGCUCUGCGCUCCACCUGGAACACAUACUUCUCCAACACGGAGUUCAUCGUCCUUGUGAUUGACAGCACGGACCGGGACCGGCUGCUGACUACUCGAGAGGAGCUGUAUAAGAUGCUGGCCCACGAGGCUCUGCGAGAUGCUUCUGUCCUGAUCUUUGCCAAUAAGCAGGAUCUGAAGGACUCCAUGACCACCGUGGAGAUCUCCCAAUUCCUCACCCUGAGUGCCAUCAAAGACCACCCAUGGCACAUACAGGGCUGCUGUGCCCUCACCGGGGAAGGGCUGCUUGCUGGGCUCCAGUGGAUGCAGUCUCGGGCCACUGCCAACUGAUGUCCCAGUCGGAGGCCAACCGGGAACUUCGGGGUUUAGCAUGGACUACUCGGGUGGAAAACCCAAGUGACUAUUUAUUACUUUUCUACGAUUCUCUGGUGGGAGCAGGGGCAGCUACGGACAGGGAGAAGCCGCUGCCCACCUAACUCCCCACAGAGGAGCUAGACUGUACACUCUGAAUUGCC